UCGACGACAACCGGGACGUCCAAAAGGUGUUUUACGUCGACGGACCCGGUGGCACUGGAAAGACGACGCUCUACGGAUGCCUCAUUUGGGCGCUUCGCAACCGAGGGCUGUCGGUGUUGUGCGUGGCGUACACUGGGAUCGCGGCGUCGCUCAUGGACGGUGGUAUGACUGUGCACUCGACGUUCGGGCUGCCGUUCGGUACCCUUUCGGACGAGGACACGUCUACCAUCACCAUGCAGUCCGAACGCGCUCAGAGGAUACGUGACGCGGCACUGAUCGUCUGGGACCAAGCGCCCAUGUCACCGGGACCGCAACUCACGGUGGUCGAUCGCUUGCUCAAGGACGUCAUGAGCUCGGAAUCGCCGUUCGGCGGUAAACCGGUCCUGUUCGCGGGCGACUUCAGGCAGAUACUGCCCGUAGUCCACAGGGGAAACAGGAGUGCCGUCGUCAUGUCGUCGAUCAAACACAACUCCCUGUGGCAAAACUCGGAGAAGUUUGAACUGACAAACAUGCGCGCCGGCAACGACGCGGUCUUCGCGGAUUGGUUGCUCCGGCUCGGCAGCGGCCAACUGCCGACGGUCGAAGGUGUCCCGGACACCGUCGAAAUCCCUCGGGAAAUGGUAUGUGACGUUGCUGAUUUAAUUGAUUUUGUUUACCCGCAGCACAUGUCGUUGGCUAACGUCGACGAUUUCGCUCGGAAAAUCAUUCUGUGUCCUAGGAACGAGGAAUGCAGGCAAAUCAAUCGCAAGGUGCUCCAACGCAUCGAGGGCGCUGAAUGAACGUACACAGGCGUAGACUCUGUGGUGAUGGACGAUCCCGACGAGGUAGCAAAUUACCCCACCGAGUUCCUAAACUCACUAGAACUUAACGGCCUGCCGUUGUUCAGAUUGACACUCAGGGUAGGUGCUGUAGUCAUGUUGCUAAGAAAUCUCGAUCCUAAGCGAACACUGUGUAACGGUACAAGGUUAGUGGUCACCGAGCUCCAGCGACACAACUUUAAGGCUAGAGUGUUGUCUGGUAAUGUUGAUGCACAGGAGGACGUCGUUAUACCAGCGAUACCCAAGACUUCGGGUAGUGGAGACGACGUGCCUUUCGAAAUGAGGCGGGUUCAAUUCCCAGUAAGGUUAUCGUUUGCUAUGACAAUCAACAAGUCGCAGGGACAGACGUUUGACCGAGUUGGAUUGCUUCUGUCGGUGCCCGUGUUCACACACGGGCAACUGUAUGUUGCAUUUUCGAGAGUGAGGAACGCUCAAUCUGUCAGAGUCGGCAUGUACGAUGAUGGCAAUGGGCGGUUUGUCACAAAGAACGUUGUGUACAGGGAAGUACUACCAACGGGGUAA